CUCCAGUUUGAACUCCAGCUCAUCUUCUCUUGAUAGCCAUCGUAUUGUGACCUACUGCAAUACCUCUGCCUCUGUACAGCCACAAAGCCAGCAGACUGCCUGCUGAUGCUGAUAUUUCCUCUGGGACAGCAGGCGCCAACGAUGCUUUGAAACCCAGUCCUGCUCUGACACAACGGAAACUCUAAAAAAGGACAGUUGCUGCUGUGAGUUUACCUGGUCUCACAUAACAGUCACACAGAAGCAGGGGAGGACGGCGGUUACAAAGGCAACCUGGAAGAUGUAAACUCAUGGGUCAUCAGACAGCCCUGCACCGGGCAGCUGUUGUGGGAAACCGUGAUGCCAUCUCUGCCCUCAUCCAUGGAGGCUGUGCACUUGAUUUACAAGACAAGGAAGGAAACACUGCUUUGCAUGAGGUAUCAUGGCAUGGAUUCAGUUCAUGUGUAAAGCUACUGGUCAAAGCUGGGGCCAAUGUCCAAGUGAAGAACAAAGCAGGAAAUACACCUCUACAUCUAGUGUGUCAGAAUGGACAUUCCCAGACCGCUCGAGUGCUACUACUAGGUGGAGCGAUGCCUGACAGCAAAAACAAUGCAUGUGACACAUGUUUACACAUUGCUGCACGCUACAAUCACUUGGCCAUGAUUAAGAUCCUCUUGGGUUCUUUCUGCUCUGUGGCUGAGAAAAACCAGAUAGGAGACACUGCGCUCCAUGUCGCUGCUGCCCUAAAUCACAAGAAAACUGUCAAUCUGUUACUGGAAGCAGGAGCUGACGCAAACAUCAAAAACAAUACAGGCCACACUGCUCUUGAUAAAGCCCGGGACAAUAACAACCGAGAUUUGGCUACUCUGUUAGCAAAAUCCAAUCAGGUGCAGAGGUUUGCUCGAGGAAAAACUGUGAGAAAACGAAGAGAUGUCUUGUGGGCCCAGAGGAGAACUCAGUCCCUCCCCAGAGUUCAUUCCUCCAGAGAGAAGGACUGUACUGAAGUGGCAGAAGACACAAACAACAGUGAUCAAGUAUAUCAACCUGAACGAAAAACAGCAACUCUGAGCCCCGGCACGAGGAGAAAGAUCAGGAGCCCAAGAAGACAGUUGGAACACGUGUUCCGGAGAGAGUAUCAGCUACAUGAGAGAGGAUCUCCAUCCCAGAGAGUAAAACACAGCAGCCCCAGCUCUCAGGAGGAAGAGCAAGCUCCUGGAAAAGCCUAUCAACUUUAUACACUAUACAGGGAUAAAGAUGGACAGAUAAAGCAGGCUCCUGCGAAUGACUGUCAUUGUAAGCCCCUCAUUAAAACUCUGGAGAAUAAGCUGAAAGCCACAAAGAUGGAGAUGAGGUCAGAAAUUCACACUGUCCAAGAGGAGAUCAACUGCAGGCUGGGCAGAAUAGAGCAAAAAAACAAGCACCAGAUUAAAGUUCUUGAGAAACUCACACAGGAGCGUGUGUCGGCUGAGAGGAUGGAGUGUCAUUAUCAAAUCAAUCAGAGAGCCACCCUGGAACGCAUGGAGGGCGAGAGAAAACAGCAGGUAGCUGCUACCAAUGCUGUGAAAAGCUGGUGCAUGUCUAAGAUUCAGGAUCUCGAAGUGCGAAUGCCUGCAGAGUCACAAUACUACAAACUUCUGCGCUCUCCAUCAGCGGAUCAGUCUCUGGUGGAUUCAGACCCCGAGGGUCUCCCGCUGCUGUCGCUCAUCUCUGAGGAGAGCUCCAGCUCGCUGGCCACCUACGUCAAUGUUUUACCCAGCCCAGGAGCAGGUCCUAAUAAUGACGGGAAAAGUCUUGAAUUUGGGGACGCACGUGGGAGGAGAUACUUUGAGAUGAAGCUGAACGGUUCUUCAGAUGAAUAUCAUAACCUGACAGCUCCUUCAACGGUCAAACACAAACCUCUAUCACGGAAGCUGGCGACUGCUGACCCCAAGUGGCACCGAGCAGAAGUGCAGGAGGUUGGUGUCUCAAAGUCCAGGUCAGACAAAGAGGAUGAACUCUGCAACAGCAGUGCCAGCAGCAGCCUGUCCACAUCCAGCAAGCGUUUCAACGACAGCAAAACAGAACCAGCACCCGGCCCGGCCUGGAAACACAGCAGGCACCUGAAGGACAGGAUUAAAGCACAUCACGCUCAAACCCAGCAGAGCAACACCAUGAAGACCCUGGAGGUGUUUUCCCAGCGGCCCGUGGAGGCCACCUUCACCCAAGAGCGGGCAAACUUGCACGCCAUGGAGGUGACACAGCAUUUCUUUGAGACGGUCUCCACACAACUGGAACGCUGGUACGAGAGGAAGAUCCAGGAAGCGCAGAAGGUGGCAGAACAGAAAGCUCUGCAGGACAGAGCCAGUCUACUGGAGAGGAUCAACAUGCUGGAGGAAGAGCUACAGAAGCUUCGCACUGACACUAAUACAAACUCUUGACACAUACGGUACUAACUCCAGAUACCUUGAUUCCACCUAAUAUUAAAGUCAUGGCAAUAUAAAUGAGACUGGAGCUUUGUAAACACUGAGUAAACUUAAAGUCAUUUUAUUGUACUAAAACACAGGGAUGUAAAACCUGUGAAAAAUGUAAAAUUUAUAAUACUCCGAAUCAAAGUUUCAUUUUGACAACGGCAGCAAUUAUUAUACACUGUAAAAAAAAAAGUUAAAAUUUUAAGGCAACCAGCUUCAGCAGAUUUUUUUGAAUUUUCUCAACUUGUCGUUUUAAGUUUAUACAACAAAAAUGUGAGAAUCUCCCAC